AAACACCUUCACUCCAAUAGUUUCAACAUGUUGACCUUCAUUCAACACCCCUCAUUCAACACCACUACACAUGGUCUAAGUAAAAACCAUUCUUUAGGUUCAUAGUAAAAUUGAUGAAUCUGAUACAUUAUUGACUAAAUUAAUAAAUUAAUAAUGACCGGAGGGAGUACUAUAUGAAAUCAUCACAUAACUCUAAACUCAACAAGCAUUUCAACAUUUUCAUUUAUUUUUCCUGACUCUCUGUGUAUUCGCCUCUCUUCUAGUUCUACAUUUUCCUUUUCAAGAUUGUAAUUAAUGGGUCGCAAUCCACAACAAGUGUGUCUAUCUUGUCUUCACAACUGUCGAUUCUUUCACUCUCAUCGAACACCCACAACCUCCCCUAACUCUUUCUACAAGCUCAUCCGUCCUCAUACUGAUGAUUUCAAUGUUUUGUAUCUUCCACCAAAGUUGAAUCAUAUUAUGUCAACCUUGAUUGGUAAGAAAAUCAAUCUCGAGGAUUCAGCGGGAGGGCGAACAAUUGUUACAAUAUCAAAAGUUGACGGUUCUUUUGCUUUUAAGGAAGGAUGGGAUGUUUUCUCAAAGGAGCAUGGGCUUGAAAUUGGAGAUAUUGUGGUAUUCAAUUUCAUUAACAAGUUGAAUUUUGAUGUCAAGAUCUAUGAUGAAUCUGUGUGUGAAAGACUAGAUUUUUCUAAAAAAAGAAAUGGGAGAAAGAGAGAUAGAAGUGGUAAGUUUGUUAGACAAAAUUGCAUAGAAAAUAUUUCAGAAAAUGAUAAUGAGGAUCGAAGGGUUCGAUCUAAGUGUACAUCAGAACACAUUGAAGACCCAUGUUACAUAACAAGCUACAUAUAUCAAAAUGAUGAUCUAGCUGUUUUUAACAAAGAUCCUAUGCUUGAAGAAGUGUUGGGUACAGGGGAUACCUCAUAUGCAUCUAAACUUUUAUUGUUGGGAAGAAACAGUUAUCUUGGUGAGACAGAUAAAAGCGCAUAUGACGAUAGUUCUGCUCUUAUACAUGGACAAAAUAAAGAGCAGAAAUCCAUUAUGUUCGAUAGGGAGGCUCAAGAGUGCCAACUUGUUGAGAGCUUAGGAAGUGCUGAGGCGACAAUAUCCAAAGACGAAAGUCCCUCAAAUGCACUUGAAGUUGAAAUUUUUGGAAGAAACAAUUCUCUCGUCGAUUCUGACAAAGGCGUGCAUGACGAGUCUCCUCCUUUGAAACUUGAAGAAAACAAAAAGGGAAAAUCCAUCAUAUCCCAAAAGGAAAUUGAAGAGUGCCAGUUUGCUGAAGGCUUAGGAAGUGAUUCAGAGGUGAUAUAUGGAGAGUGGCCCAAUGAGACGAGAUAUCUCUCAGAUGCUCAAAUUCACAUUGGUGAAUUGAAUGAAGUGCCCAUUAACAUGACUCCCAAAAUGUGCAGUUUCACUGAUAAAUUGCAUGCAACAGAGUUGCCAAAGUUUAAUCAAGAUAAUGAGAGUCGCUUUGAAACUUCUGGAGGAAACAAUUCUGUUGGUGAUUCAGGCAAAAGUGGAUAUGCCAAGACUUCUACUUUGAAACUUGAAGAAAACAAAGAGGGAAAAUUCAUCAUGUCCGAAAAGGAAAUUCAAGAGUGCCUGUUUGCUGAAGGCUUAGGAAGUGAUUCGGCGGCUGAAGAGAGGUGCAACAAGAUCAGAAAUUUCCUAAAUGCUCAAAUUCACAUUGGUGAAAUGAAGGAAGUGCCUAUGAACAUGACUCCCAAAAUUGGCAGUUUCAAUUUCAAUGAUAUAUUGCAUGCAACAGAGUUGCCAAAGGUUGUUAAGGGAGAGUUUAAUCAAGAUAUUGACAGGCACUUUGAGACUGCUGCCACUGUCUCGUCUGUGGUGCUCACUGAUAAUGACCGUAUGAACGCUAAACAGGAACCCAAUGAUACCUCCAAUCUCUUAAAUGAUCGAAUUCACUUUGGUGAAAUAAAGGAAGUGCCUAUGGAAAUGACUCCCAAGUUGGGCAGUUUCAAUGACAAAUUAAAUGCGACAGGGUCGCCAGAGGUUAUUGAGGGAGAGUUUAAUGAAGCUGAAGCUGCGGAAACUGUCACCUCUGAAGUGCUCACUAAUAAUCAUUAUCUUAAAUUGUCACUAUGCUUGUCGUUAUCUCGAGCUGGAAUAGGAACGAAGGGGAUGGUGGUGUUGCUUAGGGAUCCACUGGGGAGAUUGUGGCCGGUCCUUUGCCAUAAAAAAACAUGGUUGGCAAGUGGAUGGUUAGAUUUUCAAAGAGAAAAUAAUAUUAAACCAGGUGAUGUGUGUGUUUUUCGGGUUGUGAACAAGUUUGAGCGUAUCAUUUCUGUACAUAUAAACCACAACUGAUGUUAGUAGAGUCCUAUGCUGCAAUGUUUAGAUGUUCUUUUGCUACCUCUUUGCCCUGUGUACUAGAAUAGCUUUAUAUUAUCAAUUAAAACCUGAGUACUGUUCUUAA